GCGUGUCUCUUUCCACUACAAAGCGGCUGACGUCAUUUACGCUUCUUAUUCAGCUUGCUAGUUGCCUGGAACACUUCUCCUUUCCCAACCACAACGUAGAACCAGGCGACUUUUGCUUUCUUGCUAAUUACCGCAAUCAGGUCGACGAAUUCUGCGAUUUUUGUCGUUUAAGAUGCUCUCAAUGCAGAGGCUUUCUGUCGUUCUGUGUUUCUUUUUGUUUGUGUCGCUGAUUUCUCCGUCAGCGGCAGAUUUGCUCACUGCAGUCAAUUUUGAUGAAAAGACGGCCACCGGACUUUGGUUCGUCGAGUUCUUUCAACCUAACUGCAUUGCCUGCCAAAAUCUUUCUCCGAAAUGGAAAUCGUUGGUUGCUAGUCGUGAAGAGGCCGGUGCUGCCGUAAACUUUUACUUUGGACAGGUCGAUUGCCAGAGCAAUAAGGAGCUGUGCAGCGCUCACUCCAUCAUGAAGACACCUACACUCCGUCUGUUCAAGAACGGUAAGAAGGUCGAGGAUUAUGAUAUCAGUCGUGGCCUAAACGUUAAUAACUUGGCCGCCUACGUCGACCCUCUUAUCGCAGCUGCUGAACAGGAUGAGCCUCUUUCUACAAGUGUCACGGAUACCGCUGGUGAUUCUGUCGCAACGUCAUCUAUCGUACUUCCCUCGGCUACGGACUCUGCAGUUUCUGUUCCCUCGGCUUCUCUUACACCUUCUGCUUCUGCCUCUGCUUCUGGUACUGAUGCCUUUACUAACUCUCUUUCUUCUACGCAAUUGGUGUCUGGAUCUGUUGAGACUGCCUCUGCCUCUGCUUCUGUGAGUGCCAGUGUCGCCGCUACUAGUCUGGAUGGAGACAGUCUCUUUACCAUUCAAACCGCUGCUCCUGAUGAGGGUGAAUUGAAUGGCACACCAUUGGGCUCGGAGAAUUUGGUGAAUGUGGAGGGUCUCAGCAAGCGCUUAAUCAAGUCUGAGGAUAUUGAGAACGCUGUCAAGUCACCCAACGGCUGGUUCAUCCAGUUCUAUUCGUCUGAGUGUUUGACGUGUGAAGAUAUUACCGAUGCUUGGAAACAAAUGGCUCGUCGCAUGCGCAAUCGCUUGAAUGUGGGUCAUGUUGAUUGUGACACUGCUCGUGAGUUCUGCAGCAAGCUUAACAUUCACAAAUUCCCAUCACUGUACUUCUUCCGCGAGGGCGAGAGUGUAGAAUACUUGGGUCUUCGCAAUUCUGGUGACAUUUCAACCUUUGCUGACGAUGCUGCCAAUCUUGAGGUGCGUGAGGUGGAUUCUUUCGAUGUCCAUGAAUAUGAAAAGAGUGACGACGUUUACUUCCUGUUCUUCUAUAAUGAAAAGACUACCGAGUUUUUGCCUGCCAUUCGCAAGACUGCCAUCCAUUUGUUAGGACAUGCCAAACUUUUUAUUACCACGUCAGCAUCACUCGCUAGCAAGUACCGUGUGUACAAUUGGCCUAAACUCAUUGCUGUUCGUGAUGGUAAGCCCAACUACUUCCCCUCGAAGCAGCGCAACAUGGCCGACUACAAACUGAUGCUUGAUUGGAUGAAGACGGUUUGGCUCCCUUUGCUCCCUGAGCUUCGCUCCUCUAACUCUCAUGAAAUAACUGAUGGAAACGUUGUUGUUUUGUUUAACUUGGACCCUGAGUUGCCCGACUUUGAAAAAACAAAGAAGAUUGCUAAGGAAAUUGCUACUAAGUGGACCGAGGAAGAGGCUCGCAACUUCCAAACAGAAAAGCAAGAGCAAGAAGAUAAAAAGAAUGCUGAAGUUGAGAAGGCCGAAGUUCAAAAGGACGAGAAGGCUGUUCAAGCUGCUUCGAGUAUCCCUGUAACGAUGAAGACCUCUCACAUCAAAUUCGCAUGGGUAAAUGGCAACUACUGGAACCAAUGGCUCAAAAACUUGGGCGUUGAUGUUAAGCAGGAUGGUCCUCGUGUCAUUCUGUAUGACUUGGAGAACAAACGGUACUGGGAUACCACAAUCAAGGGAAAGCAUAUCCCCGUUAAUGAAACUGAAGUAUUUGAAACUUUGGAAGCUGUGCAAUCCGGCAGUUCUCUGCUUAAGCCUAAGGUGUAUUCUUCCCAACCCAGCAACAAAUACCUCGAUUCUAUUGGACUGCCUUCUAAUGUGGUUAAGUAUGCUGUCAUUAUGUUGGUUAUUGCUAUUGUUGUUGUCAUUGUUUGCAAGCGCCGUGCUGAUGCGGACUACCAAAAGCUUCACAACUCCUCCAUCUUGCCCAUUGCAAACAGAAAUGCUGGUGCUACUACAGGCAAAUUUGAUUAGCCUUGUUCGCUGCUUGUUUCCAACCGUAUCGCUCAUCCUACAGGUGAUACGUUAACUCUCUUUUAAAUCUCGUUUAUUCAGCAUAUCGUUUGCGUUAAGUUGUUGGAUGCCUUCACUCACACUAAGAUGUGGUGCAUCGUUCCUAAUGCAAGUAUAGAGAAAUGGCCGCGUAAGGUGACCAGUGCUCUUCUUUAUGUGACGUUAAUGCGAAAUGUUUGUUGAGUAUAAGUUCACUGCUCAAUGACUUGUUUAUUCAUUGGUAUAGAUAUUCUUUCUAAAAAGUAUUCUGUCGGAUGAUUUUUUCUAUCAGGCGAAACGGCUUAAGCAAUUUGUCACACUCCUUACUCUAUGGGGAUUUGCUUGUACGUUCUUGCUCGCCCUUAUGUAUUUCAUCGUCAAACGUAUUAUAAUCUAAAAAUAAGGUAUCAUUCAUGCAUUUACUUCAGAAUGUCUUACAAUCACGUAGGUGUUUUG